AUGGAUAAAAACGAAGAAACCAAGCAAACCGAGAACAUAACCUACAACGAAAAUGACCCAUCAGUCUCUUCUUUCAUCAGCUACCUCAUGGCGGCUUUUGACUGCAAAGGAAUCAAUCUGUUAUACGGGCUCAAACUUUGUUUAGUGAUUUUCUCUAGUGACUACGCAUCUUCCGUGUCAUGCCUAGAGAAACUGGCGAAGCAUCUUAAGUUAUCGCGCUGUGACAAGAACAGCUACGAGGUGGUUCCGGUGUUCUAUGGCGUAAGUCGAUUGGCCGUGAAGCAACAAUCAGGUACGUUAAGUGAUGCGUUCACAAAGCUCGAAAUGUCAAACUCUGCGGAUCAGGUGAAAAAGUGGCGACGCGCGCUAGCGCAAGUUGCGGAACUACAAGGCCAUGAGUAUAAUGACAAAAAAAGUGAAGAAUCCGAAUUUCUGGAAGAGAUCGUGCAAGCUGUGUUUGAGAAACUCCAUCCUACAGAAGAGAUUGGGAUCCACAGCCGGGAACUGGAUAUAGAAAACUUGCUAUGCAAGCAACCAUGGGGCCUUCGUACUCUAGGUAUUUCUGGUGAGCCUGGCACUGGCAAGACGGUACUGGCUAGAGCGGUCUUUCGCAGAAUGGCUAGAGACUAUGAUGAUCCUCGCUUUUUCGAAAAUUUCCACGCAGAAUACAGUGAGAUGAAGCUUGAGCCUUUGCCUGAUUAUUCCUUGUGUAUGACUCCAAUGGAAGAGUUUCACCUAAACGAUUCUGGUUCCGAGGCAUGCCAUCGCCAAAAAAGGGUUCUGAUAGUUCUAGAUGAUGUAAAAAAUGCUCAAGACGCGAUGUCUUUUCUUGGAGCAGUUGAUCAGUUUGCUCCAGGGAGCUUGAUCAUCAUAACCUCAAGAGAUAGACAAGUUCUUGAAGAAUGCAAUGUCAACGAGAUUUAUGAGCAUACAGGUCUAAAUGAUGAAGAUGCUCUGAAGCUGUUCACGAGGUGUGCCUUUGGGAAAGAUGAGAUAGGGACGAUUCUUCUGGAUCUUUCAAUGAAUGUAAUUGAAUGUUGUGAUGGGAACCCAUCUACUCUUCGCUCCUAUGCCGAUAAAGUAAAGGGCAAUACAAAGGUAGAACUAGAGCAAGCGUUGCUCAGAAUCUGCUACGAUGCACUUAUGAACACAAAGAAGAACACAUCUGCUUGCUUAUACUCCAAUAUUGAAGAACAUCAUGAACAUGAAGAAUAUGGAGUAUUGGCCACUAAACAUGCAAAAUACAGAUUUUCGAAGAAGACUGUGUUGCGUGCCACACAAACAAUUACAUUUAGUCUUGAGGAGCACACAGAUUUGGAUCUUCCUCCCCCUUUGGGACAUCCCGCUCAUGUGCAAGUGCAAUCCUUGCCCCAGCACUUUCACAAUAAACAACUUGUUCUUCUCCAACGAGUUGCUUGUCAAUUUCACAAACUUUGGCAAGGAUAUAAUAAGAGCUUCUCAAGGUUGAAGAGCAUCAAUCUUAGGCACUGUAUGAAACUAGUUCAAGUUGCGGAACUUUCAAACGCUCGUAACCUUGAAAAACUCGAUCUUCAAGACUGCAAAAGCUUGGAGAGCAUACCAAACACUGAUCAGCUAGAGAAUCUCCAAUUUCUUAAUCUCUCUGGUUGCAUCGGGAUCAAAUAUUUUCCAGAAACUUUACGGACCAUUAGAGAAUUGAAACUUGACGAAAUCGAAGUUCAGGCGCAAUGGAGAGAUGUUCCAACUCAUAACUCUUCAAACUGA